AAGUUUGCACGUGUUCUGUAACAGAUGUGGAUGAAAGGAAGUGGGUUUUCCUGACAUGGAAAAAGUCUUCUUACAAAGUCAGGACCAGUUUGAAUAACCUGGAACAUAGUGGGAUGGCUGAGGGUGAAUCCACGAUGGAUACGUCAGAAGAGGAGGAGGAGUUCCAUGAUGCCAUGGAGGAUUUCCUGGAGCAUUACGGUGAGGAAGGAGGACCUCCUGCAACUGACUAUGUUCCUCCACCAGAAGUAACAGUCCUCCAUGUUGGCAGUGACGUUAUCUCUCUUGGUGUGGCACCCAGUGGCUCAUCUGUUAAGUAUAAACUCCACAUAGAGUACACCUGUGGCACACGUGGAGGCAGCGUGAUCAUGGAAGAGUGCAGCACUGUGGAUGUGGAUGGGCUGAAUCCUGGGACUGAGGUCACUGUCAGCAUCACAAGGGCCGCUGAAAACGGACUUCAAAGCAAAGCAGCCUGUGUGUCAGUUUUUACAGAGCCCGUCCCUCCUGUGUCAAUAACAGUCUACAACAGCAGCAGUGGGUCGGUGUCUCUGCAGUGGGACACUCCUGCUGGUGAGGUGGAGAGUUUCAUCGUGGCGUGCUGCAGUGAUGGAGAAACUGUGCAGGAGCUGGCGACAGAAACAAACAGUGCAACCGUCAGCAGCCUGAGGCCAGGGCUGUGUUACUCCAUACAGGUUUCUGCACGACUGAAAAAUGGAAGAAUCAGCGAGCCAGCUGUAACGUCUGCCAGAACAAAGACACAUCUGCAGAGCUUAUUGGAAGAUCUGGGACUGGAGCAGCGCUACAAAGACAAGCUGUCACUCAACAACAUACUUGAGAUUGAUGAGAAGACCAUUACUGAUCAACCUGCCAAGAGGAAAUCAGACCUUCCAUGGUAUUUUCUCAAACAGCUUAUGAUGGUUAAUGUGACAGCUAGGAAUGUGAAAUGUACAUCUGUAUGUGAAUCAAACUGUGAUGCUGCAUCAGGGAGUAAGGAAUUAGAUCUGAAAAAACUGGUCAGCAGCCCAAACACAGCUGACAUGGUAAACCCUCUCGACAUAAUCACUGCUCUCUUUCUGUGUUCUGAUGGUUUUGUGCAGCAGGAAAUGGCACUAAAAAUGUCUAUGUGUCAACAGUACUUCAAGCAAACAGAGGGUCAUGUCUAUCUAGUUGAAGGAUACAAAGAGGAGUUCUCAAACAGUGCAAAGAGCCUUCGACGAGAAAUGGAAAGCUCUGUUGUUAAUCAGCUCACAGCAGCAGCAGACAUCAGACGGGGAAUGAGAGAACUUGACAGAAUCAAGGAGAACCACACAAAACAAUUAGAAGAUCGAGUGCAUGGACUGAUUGAAGAAUGUCGUAAGAGACCCACGCAGAUGACAGAUGAAGAACUGGAUGAAGAAUUUGACAAAAUCUGGAAUGAAACAAAGAGGGAAUUGUCCUACCCAAAGCGAAAAAUCAAAGACGUCUACAGCAGUGUGUUCAACCACCUGAGAACAAAUCUGUCACACAGGGGAAGUCAUGCAAGUCAAUUGCUGAGUCAAAGAAAACUGCAAGAUUGUGGAGUAGAGCCUUACAGCUAUGCCACUGAAGGACUGUUUAAUCAUUUUAUAAACAAAGUGAACAAAUUUUUCAAUGUUAAAGAUCACACAAUGGCUGUUCAAAAAAUAGUUGACAGCAUCAUUGAUGCUUGCACACAGUUAAUAGCAGAAAAACUGCAAAGAAAAACGGAUUACCAUGAUACUUACGUCCAGGAGAUCCUACACAUCAUUGAUGAACGAUUCCAAAACAAUCCUGAUGUGAAGACAGACACUAAGUUGGAGGUUUCUCUCAAACAGCACAUCUGUGGAUUUGCCGCCAGACACUUUCAGAAAAUGCAUGAAGAUUUCCUAAAUGUGAAUGAUCCCUACAGAUGUCUGCGUCGAAACAAGGACAAAUUUCGUGCUGAUUUCAAAGAUGUGUUCCAAAAAAGAGACCAGUGCCAGAAGAAGGCUGAGGAGUUCACCUACCGGUGUCUGAAACCAGCAGUCAAAGACUUUGUCAACCGUUCCGUGGGUCCUGAUGUCAUUGCUGACAUGCUGACUAACCAACAGUUCAGCACCCGGAUGUUUUUCCAGUUUACAGUUUUGCUGAAUUUGCUCUCAAAGGAUGACUUUGGCCGCUAUUUGCACUAUAUUCUCUCAUAUGAGCAGUAUGUGAAAAGACAGAUACUCCGUCAAAUCCUGGAACACUUUACAAACGGGUCUACAACACUCAGAUAUAAGGACCAACAUCUCAAGUCAAGCAUCAGCAGCAUAAAUGAUGCUAUCAACAAGGCAAAAAUGGGAACAAGUGUCAACUUGAAGAUGUUUGUUCAAAAUAUCUGCAAGGAACUUGGUGAUAAACUGGUAAUUUCCCAGGAUUCUCUUGGUGCUUUCAUGAUCCUGAACAAUGCCAACCAAGAACAGUUUGCUCAUUCACUCACUAAGUGUGUGAAUGAGAUGGGACAAACUCUUAGAAAAGAGUUUCAAGAAAGCAACAUCGUAACGACAGUAGGAGAGCUUUUUGCGAUGUCGGAGAAUGUGCUUUUCACCCAGUUGAUUGGAUGUGGCCAACAGUGUCCAUUCUGCGAAGCACCUUGUGAUGCAGGAGGAAAAGCCCACACUGAGCACUGGGCUUCGCUGCAUCGGCCAACAGGUCUGGGUCAAUACAGAUUAAUUUCAUCACAAAAACUUGACACUGACAUUUGCUCCUCUCUUGUAAACACGGACAGCAGUUUUCGCUGUCAUGCUACAAACAAUGAAUGGCAUCCUUACAAGCGUUACAAAGAGAUCUUCCCACACUGGAAAAUCGCUCCAGAUGUGAGCCUCGAGGCAUCAGACUACUGGAAAUAUGUAAUGGCAAAGUACAACAAUGAGUUUGCCAAAGAAUACAACGCAAAGCCUGCAAAAAUCCCUGCAACAUGGAAACGAAUCACACGCAAGCAGGCAGAAGCCAGCCUCAAAGAGUCGUUUGGCAUCAAGGGAGACACUGCACACUUAGUGGUUAAAGAGGCACACGUCUUCUUAAUGCAAUCACCGAUCUCUGAAUGAUGUUUUGAGCUUUGCUUUAUAUCACAUAGGCUAAAACCAUAAAUAGGAUCAUGCUGUAUAUAAGAUGACAGGGUUGAAGAUGUCAGUACAUCGAGAUAUUUAUUCUCUACAUUUAUUCUCAUGGUUUGUUUUUUCAACGUUGAGUCAAAGUCCAUGUUGGGAGCACUAGUCGGAACAUACAAACUGCGUAUCUAUUUCUGCAUUUAUGUGGUUUCCGAGAGGUGGCUACAGUUCUUCAAAAGACAGUUAAUCACAGUGACAAAAUGACAGCAGCCACUCUGAAAUGUGAUUGUUUUUUUAAAAUGUUCUUUCUUUGUAAGGAUGUGACAGAAAAUAUUUACAGUUUCAAUAGGUUACGAUAUCAUUCAGUCGAUUUAUGGCAACAUUUGUUUAUGUGAUCUUUCUCAUUUUCAAUUUAAAAUGGUUGUUUUUUCUGAUGCUAUAUACUUGAAAAAAGUCAUUCAGCGCUCAUCUGCUCUUAAUGUGGAAUAACCAACAUGUUUACAUGACAGAAGAUGAGAUGCAAUCAAAUCAUAACGUGGUGUCAUGUGAUUUUUUUAUAAACAGAAAUCUCUUUUAUUGUUUAUCAGUGUGUUCUUUUAAGUAUAUGAUGUCAAAUCUUUUCUUUUUUUUUUUUCUUUUAAAGAAAAUAAAGGACCAUUUAUCUUUGUCAACAUAUUACAUACUUACGUUCACCAACUGAAUAAAGACGCAAAAUCUGCA